AAGAAGGAUUACCAUGACAACAUCCGGUGAAGAAGGGUAUUAUCCUAAUCUUAUUGAAUAUGCAGAAAAAAAACUAGAAAAAAUACAUCCACAAAACAAAAUUUUAUGGAUACCUCGAUCCAUCAUAAAAACAGAUAAGUUGAAGCAUAAUGAAAAAUUGGAGUUAAAAAAUGAUAUAACUGAUUGGAUACAAAAAAUGUAUUCAAUAGAAAAAUCUUUAGGCCAUGAAAAUGCUAUAGACACGAUAUGGUCAAUUAUAUAUCCUGAUGUUAGAUCAACUAAACAAGUAGAAAUAUUACAGAAAAUUAAAAAAAAAUCUAAAAUAAACCGUAUAAAAUUUUGUGACUACAAUUCAUGGGAUAAAUAUGAUGUUCAUGUUGAGAUAAAAAAGAUGGAUUUAAAAGUAGAUCAAAAGUGUGUGGAAAUGAAAAGAAAUUUAGAGCAAAGAAAAAAUAUUAUAAUUACACCAAUACAUAUAGAUUUUAAUUUAAAUGCAAGUUUGUCCGGGAUUGAAUUGAACCAAAUAGCAGAACAAGAAAAGUGGAAAGGAAAUGAAGCAUUUAAAGUUGGAGAUUAUCAAGAAGCGCUACAUUUUUAUAAUUUUUGUUUACAAAUGAAUGCUUCCAACAUAAAUGGAUAUAAUAAUAGAGCAAUAACAUUCAUCAAGUUAGAGAAAUACGAGGAAGCGCUAGAAGAUUGUAAUAUUGUUUUGAAAAUAGAACCAACAAAUAUUAAAGGAUUAUUAAGACGUGCAUUAGCUCUUGAGAAGUUAGGAAAUAAAGACCAGGCAAUCGUUGAUUACAUACAUCUGUUAAAGUUUCAGCCGACAAAUAACAAUGCGAUGGAGGCUUUAAAAAGAUUAUCAAUAAAGAAAAAACAAUAAAUUGUUGCAGGGUAUAUGAAUAUAUAUAUAUAUAUAUAUAUAUGUCAGUUAUACAAACUGAAAUUAAUAGAGCAGAAUUCAAAAUUUUUCAUCACCAUAUUCAAACUGUUUAUUAAUAAGAAGAAUAUUUGUUUUUAUCCAAGUAGAAUAAGUAUA